GGCCGGGCCGGGCCGGGCCGCGGGCAGGAUUGUCAGUACCUGUGACAGGACACACCAAACUCAGGUGUGAAAGCACAAGGCAGGAUUUCAUACAGCAAUUGCUUCUGUGCUGAAGCAUUAAAUUACUCUGAAGCUACUCCAGCUAGUAGUGGAUCUGUACACGAUCACUGUUCACUCAGUGAGUGAAUUAGUAAUGAAGAAGCAUGGUGGGAGUACUUUACUAACAGCAGAAAAGCAGGAAUCUGUGGCAGAAUUGCCCUUUGUUGAAAACUGUGAAGAGUUCUCUAGCUCUUUUACUCAGUGAUUAAAUUCAAGACAUGGGGCCAAUGAAAUAUAAGUCCGGGGUGUCCUCAGUGUCCUGUGGUCUGCAGUACCACCACUCGUUGAUAAAGUGGAGUCCAAAAAUGAAUGUCCACAUAGUGCGGACUUACUGCUCAUCAGCGCCCAAGAGGCCUGAGGCCAAGUCUGCACUAGAAGUGGCCUCAGCUCUUCUGAAUCGACUGACAGAGGCUGGGGCUGUGAUGGCAAAAAACUCCCUUCAGAAGAUGUCUGCGACCUGCAAGAGCUGGUGGGACAGAUACGAAGAGUUUGUUGGAAUUAAUGAGGUUCGAGAGGCUCAGGGAAAAGUGACAGAGGCUGAAAAUGUCUUUAUGAUAGCUCGAGGGAUAGUACGAGAGGCCCGUGAAAAUGUAGAAGCCCAACAGAUUAAACUGAAGGAAAUUCGGGACCGCUUAGACAGGGUCUCACGGGAUGACACCCAGUAUUUAGAACUGGCCACUCUGGAACACAGGUUGCUGCAGGAAGAGAAGAGGUACCGAGCUGCAUAUUUAAAUGCAGAAGAAUCUGAGAGAGAAAAAUUCUCACUCUUCUCUGCAGCUGUAAGGGAAAGCCACGAGAAAGAGCGAACAAGAGCUGAAAAAACCAAGAACUGGUCUAUUAUUGGUUCUGUACUGGGAGCCAUUAUAGGUGUUCUUGGUUCCACCUACGUUAAUCGAGUGAGGCUGCAAGAAUUGAAAGUCUUGGUGCUUGAAGCACAGAAAGGCCCAGUGAAUUUGCAAGAAGCCAUUAGAGAACAGGCCUCCAGCCACAGCUUACAGCAGAAGGAUCUCAGCGACAUCAUAGCAGACCUGAAAAGUGUGCUGCAAACAAGGACCUCACAGGAAAUGAAAGAAGGUGCUUUGUUAACUAGACAAGACAAAGGUGACUCCAUAAAUAUAGAUGCUCUUUUAAUUCCUUUAAACGAACAGCUCAACUACACUAAGCAAGUCAGUUCAUGUCUAGGGAGUUUAGAACAGCAGUUUCGUAGUCUGCAGGAAAGUGUAGCACAAAUGGUGUCUGAGCUGCAGAGUGUUAAACUUGCUGUUCAUGCUAGAACAAAGGAAAGAACCAUGCCAAGGUCUUCAGCAGAAGGUAAGGGCCAGGCUUCUGCUGUGAGAGAUGUGAUUUUAGAGCUGUGUGAUACCGAGCGGAGACUGGAAGCACAGAUCAAGAGGAAUUCUAUUUACAGCACUGCACUGACAUGUGCUGUCUUUGCUAUUACCCUGCCAGUACUCUACAUUAUACUCAAGGGGAACUGAUCUCUAAUUUAUUUCAUUAAUAAAAUUAAACUUGCACUCUAAGUACUCAGAGUACAAGGCCAAAUGAAGUGUUAGCAUUUCUCAUUAUGCUUUCUCCAGUGUAUCUGGAAAACUUGUAAAGACUUAGUGCAGCCACCACUGCAGGGUCCAUGUUAACAGCCCUUGUCAUGUGUUGCGGGUUUUAACUGCAAACAAGGGAAAUGUCACAGUUUCAUCUCCUGAUUUCAUUCACUGCUUUGCUCUUUCACUGUCUAUUCUGGUAUAUCAUGGCCAGUCAGUGGCUUUCAAUCCGGAGCUGUAUUUGUGAUGUUUUGCUCAAAUGAUUCUUUUAAUCUGUCAUUGA